CACUUCGGGUGUAAGCAAGGUGGCGGCAUCACUCAACAUUUUCCCUCCGGAGAUUUAACUUUAUUUAUACCAACAUUUGAAAAAUUACAUUAAAAACUAAUUAAUGGCUACAGCAUUUAAAAAAAGAGAGAAAUAGCCCCAACGCAUUAGACGUGUGUGAUGACGUCAGCAAAGCCCUAUUGUAGAGGACGAUGGCUUAGAUGCGGCCGCUCUUCAGUAAAACUCUGCCUUCUAAUCCACGGAGAGUUCAACUCAGUUGGCUAUUGUCAAUAAAAGACACGUUGAAAAUGUGUUCCAUUUUUACUUUCACUCCAUGGAACUGUUCCCAACAUUCCGCUCCCACCUGCCUCCCCCUUCUCUACCCCGGCAACGUGGCUUCUCCGUUGCCCGGUGGACGGACAUGCUCCCACGCUAGUAAGGUAGUAAACGAUGACGUUAGCCAGCCAGGUGACUCCACCUCAACUUCCGGCCCCAGGUCGUCCCUUUUGAGGCCCAAAGUAGGGGACAAACAUGUCCAAGAGGCUGAUCCAAAACCUUGCCAAGAUCAUCUCGAAACAAGUGGACCGCUUCAAUCAAACGGAGGUAGAGUGCCUUAUUCGUGAGUUUUACGCCAUCCUUGGACAAACAACGAGCACCGGAAAGAGCAGCUUGGACGAAAGGAAGUUCAGAAGCAUAUUGACAAAUGAGUUCGGCCUCACCAACAACACUAUCAUGGAAAGAGUUUUCAGGACGUUCGACAAGGACAAUGACAACUUUGUCAGCUCCAAAGAGUGGGUGGAGGGCCUGUGCGUGUUCCUUCGCGGCACCUUGGAUGAAAAAAUUAAAUAUUGUUUUCAUGUGUACGACUUGAGUGGAGACGACUACAUCGCCAGGGAGGAGAUUCUUCUCAUGGUGAGGAACUGCCUGCGGCUGCACGGUGAGGAGGACCCUUAUGACAGCAUCAAAGACCUGGUGGAGAUCACGCUCAAGAGGAUGGACCACGACAAUGACGACAGACUGUCUUUUGAAGACUACAAAAAGUCGGUGAAGGAGUUGAACAUCGUGCUCGAGGCUUUUGGGACAUGCCUCCCCAAUGCCACGAGGAUUGAGAUGUUCGAGCAGCGCGUAUUCAAUAAUAAAUGGGACCACAGAUGAAGUCCAUCAGCUUUGAACUAUUUUUGUAAUACAUACCAACUGCUGUUUGUUUCUAAUGUGUAAAUAAAAGUCAUUUUAAUGUUAUUUUUAAAUAAAUAUCCUCGUGUGGUUUUGGCUGCAGUGAAUCA